UAUUUGGCUGGCAGUGUUCCAGACGUAAACAUUAAAAACACGCGAGUUUUAUAAAAUUUCGAAUUUUAAAUUUUUUGGAUUAAAAUAGAGUUAUUUUUAAUUUAAACUUAUAAAUAAACACCAAUCGAAUAGUUUUAGUGCCCCCUCUUCGCCGGCAUUAUGGAAUCAACGGUGAAAAUCAAGCAAGAACCCGGUCUUAAAGCGAAACGCGGAUCCGCUUCUAUUCCUCCAUCAGCUGCUGCCACAGCAGCAGCCGUCCAAAUUCCACCCACUGCCACCAUAAAAACCGAGCGCCUGACGUCGUUCCGUGUCCCGCGGGAUCUCACCUUGGGCGGUUUGGCCAACGGCCGAAACGUGAAACCCGUCACCAAUAAGAAAGUUUACACGCCCAAUCUGAACGCGGUCCGGAACAAAGACACCAACGUCAAGACGGCUUCCACCGGUCCGAAGCAGCGGGUCAAAUCCGACCGGAAAGACAAAGAUAAAGCCGGCGGUCGGAACAAGAGUUCGCUCAUCCAAACGGCCGGUAUCUUUUCCGAGGGCCUUGCUCAGCGGGUUCUGGCGCAACGGUCCAAGUAUGACAAAUACAACAGUUCCUCGAAGGAACCGGGAGAAGCCAUUCGGAGGCCGGUUUACCGCACGGAAAUCAAGGUGGACCCGGAGGAAGAGCGGAAGCGAAUUUCCGAUCUGUUUGGUGACGGAGAGGAAGACGAGCUGCCGUCGGAGGAAGCGAAGAAGUACGACAGCGAAGUGACCAUGCCGGUCAAGCUGGAGAAUUUGGACUACAAAUUCACGGCCCUCAAGCCGGAAGUCAAAGACGAAAAGCCAAAACGCGAAGCGGGCGAACUGCUCGAAUCGUUCAAAGUCACCGACAAUCAGAACAACCUCUUCCUGUUGCAACUGCCGGACGCGCUGCCCGGUAAAACCGAUUCCGAAGUGCGGAAAACGGAUUCCGGAAACGGUGCAGGAGAGGACGAACCCAAACCCGAGCCGCAACGGUGCACAGUCCGGGAACUGGAAGAAGGUUACAUAGGCAAAGUGAUGCGGUAUCGGUCCGGGAAGGUGAAGAUGAUUUUGGGGAAUACGGUGUUCGAUCUGUCCAUGGGUAUGGACAGCGGCUUCCUGCAGGAACUGGUAUCGAUCAGUACCAAUCCGGAGGAGCGAAGUGGUAACAUUAUUAACCUGGCGGCGAUCAAGUCGAAACUGAAUGCCGCGCCCGAUUGGGAGCAUCUGUUUAAGAAGUGAUAAGACUAAGUAAUAAAUCGUUAAGGAAUUUGUGUUUACCAUA